GGUAGCGUGACUGCUUUUCGGUGAAUUCAUGUUAGCAGGGGCCUUGCAUUUUCAUUUAACAACUACAGACAACAUGGGUAAGGUUCACGGAUCGUUAGCUCGUGCCGGUAAGGUGAAAUCUCAAUGCCCUAAGGUUGAAAAGCAAGAGAAGCCUAAGCAACCCAAGGGACGUGCUCACAAGCGUCUCGUAUACGUUCGUCGCUUCGUCAAUGUCACUAACAUGGCUGGUGGCAAGAGAAGAAUGAACCCUUCUUCUUAAGUUACUAUGAACGUACUUGAACACAAAAAUUCGUAUUGUCAGUUAUUCACUUUAAAUUGAUUGAUAUUUUUUGAGAAUUGACUGAUUAAUGUAAUCCAUUAUUUAUGCGAUCUUAAGUUGCUUAUGUAAAUUUCUAUACUCGGUAGUUUGUAGCUAUAACCACUUUAACCACUCAUCAUGUUUGAACACGAGCACACGAUAAUAGUAUGGUAUGCUAAAAAAUGGUUUAUAGCAAUUCGAUAAAAGUGAUUAGUUUACGAACAAGUCAACAAGCGUCGUAGAAGCUAGCUACAUGUUGUUCUGGUGGAGCGAGAAUGCUCAAUUAUGGAUAGUUUUCCCUUGAAAAAAGACAAAUGCCCUCAACCUAUUUUUUUAUUUUUAUUUUUAUUUACAUCACGCUUUAUUAGAUGCACGUUGUGAUAUAGACAAAUUCUUGAAUUAAUCAAAAUGAUGGAGAGAAAAGAAAAAGAAUCUAUGACAUCUCUUUUCUGGAUAGCUCUUCUUCCAUUAGCUCAGCAAGAUCCUGUAAACCCUCCAAGUCAUUUUCAUUACUCCCUUGCUGCCCUUGAUUAGAACUUUCUUUCGUACUCCUUGCUUCAUUAGGCUUUUUGCGUUUUUCAUCAUAGGCUUUGGAAAGUGAAUCGUCUUUAUCAGUUUUUCGUUUUUUUGAACCUGAUUCAUUGUCCGCAGGUGUUGCCUCAUCGCUUUCUCUAGGAUUUCUAAACAGUUAGAGACGAGAACAUUUACCUAAGUAUAAAAGCUUACUCUUCGUUAUCAUCGCCCUCGCUCAAAUCCCCCAAUGCAUCCUCAACAUCACGAUCAGCUUCAUUCCAAUCGAUAUCGUCUAGUUCUCGGUCGUUAAUUUCAUAUGUUCUCUGCUCA